CCUCAGUAAUUGUUCGGUCAGUUAACAGAGUACAUAACAUCUUGUUGUACAUGUCGUUUUAAUUAAUAAAUAAUAUAAUAAUAAUAAUAAUAAUAAAGACAAUUAUUAAUUGUUACCUAUUCCACGUAAAUAAUCUGGAGAACGUGUACACAUUCUAUACGUAUUAGUAUAUCCGGUUCACAUUUUUUGCUGCAGUAUAAUGGCUGAUGAUCUGGACAAAUACAUCGACAGCUAUUCCAGACAACGGUGGCAGGUUUUCGUCUUGUUGUUGAUGGUGAGCACACCCGGGAUAUUCAAUGCCAUACAGAUAUCGUCGUACGUGUUCCUAGUUGACAAACCUUCGUAUUGGUGCGAUGUACCAGAUCUAAAAUUGGCAGGUUGGAGCGACCAGACGAUCAUUAAUAUUUCCACGCCACAUCAAAAUUAUUCAUCAGACAAAAUUGAAGAAUGUUCUUAUUACGACCGAAAUUAUUCAAUAUUUGCCAAAAAUGGUUAUAAUUGGUCAAUGAAUAAUUUAGAAACUGCCAAUUCUAAACCUUGUCAGUAUUAUGAAUAUAGUAACAGAGAAUCUGUUGUGACUGAAUGGGAUUUAGUUUGUGAUAAUGUAGCGAAAAAGUCAAAUAUUCAAGCUGCUUUGGCUUUUGGAAAGUUUUUUGGUGGACUAUUAUUUGGUUCAAUUUCAGAUGUAUAUGGCAGAAAAUUUGCUUUCAAUUUGUCAGCUUUUAUUUACAUGCUCUCGGGACCAUCUGCUGCAUUUAUUGAUUCAUAUGUAUUAUUUUUAAUUGCGAGAUUCUUGAUAGGUGUAGCUGGAUCUGGAAUUUAUGAAUCAUCGUAUACAAUAUUGACUGAGCUGACAAGUGGUAAAACUCGUACAUUACUUUGUCUUUUAAUGAAUAUGUCGUAUCCAAUUGGUUAUGUUUUGCUAUCAAUCAUUGCUUAUUAUGUACGGCCUUGGAGAAUAUUGCUUUUAGUUUUGUCUUUGCCCAUUUUUGGAUUGUUGAUACAAUGCUGGUUUCUACCUGAAUCUCCUAAAUGGUUGAUUUCUCAAGGUAGAAAAAAACAAGCUCUGAUAAUAAUGGCUAAACUUGUUCCAACUGUAGUUGGUGCAAACACUGAUAAUGAUGAUCAAGAUAAUGUACAAAUUAAGAAGACAAAAAAGUGUAAUGGAAAAUGUAUGGAGUUUUUAUCAGCUUAUACGUUAUUGUUUUCUACUUCGGAUUUGACAGCAAAAACAGUUAUUUCUUCAUUUUGUGGAUUAUCUUGUGGCUUAUCGUAUUACGUUAUUGCAUUGAAUGGGGAUAAUAUAACUGCUAAUCGUUACGUAUAUGUUGCAUUAAACGGAGUUGUUGAAGGUGUAUCAUACGCGUUUACUGUUCCUUUAUUACUUUAUGUUGGACGCAAGAAAGCAGUUUCAUCCUUUUUUUUCAUAUCAGGAAUAUUGCAAUUGAUAUUAUUGGCGAUUCCACGGGAAAAAGCAUACAUUUUAUUAUGCGUGACCUUGAUUGCGAAAUUUUUUGUGAGUGCCUUAUUUUCAAUCAUUAUACUCUUCGUAUCAGAAUUAUAUCCAACUACAAUUAGAAAUACUGGAAUCGGAAUGUCAUUGACUUUUUCUCAAAUAGGAUCUAUUAUUGCACCAUAUAUAGUCGAACUUUUGGGAGGUAAAGCAUGGUAUAUUCCAAGUACUGUAUGUGGAAUAUUUGGUAUCUUUGUUUCAAGCAUGGUUUUGGUGUUACCCGAAACAAAGAAGGCAGUACUAUCAAAUACUCUAGAAGAUAUAAAAAACACUAAUUCUAUAAAAUUUAGCAACUGUUUUAAAUUUUAAGUGGCUUUCUCAAUUUGAUUUUUUUUUUCCUUAAACUACAAUUGAUUUUUGUACACACUUAUUUUUAGUGGCGAUCGUUUAAUAAAACUUUUAAAUUGUGUAAAUACAUUUAUUAUAGUUAUUUAAAUG